UCACUCACUCACACUGUGUAUUCACUCAACAUGGACGUAAUAUUUGAACUCCAAAGAGGAAGAUCGUUCACAAUAGAAAUUGGGUUCUUCGACACAAUCUUCGAAAUCAAAGAAAAGGUGCAAAAAUACCAAGGGAUUCCCACCUCCACGCAAACCCUAAUCCUAAAUGGCCAAGUCCUUCAAGACAACGACGACGUUUGGAAGUGCGAAAUCCUUCACAACACCCGCAUUAACCUCCAGGUCUCCCCUGACUCCGACAAAACAGAGGACUCCGUUGCCGUUACUCCUCCACCCACCAAAAAAAUCCACCUCAAUGUUAAAACCAAUCCCUCCAAAACUCAGGUCGUUCCUCUCGAAGUCGACGUAAACGACACCGUGUUGCGCCUCAAGGAAAAGAUUCACGAAAUCGAAACGGUUGCCGUGCCGGUUAACCGGUUACUCUUGCAUGCAACGACGACGGGAACGGAACUGCAGGACCAUCAGGCUUUGCGAGAUUGCGAUUUUUCGGAUAGUGGCGAGAUCGACGUGAGUUUGAGACCGUCGCCGACGACGACUUCUUCCGGUGGCGGAGGGUCGAAGAAGUUGAAGCUAAUGGUGUUGCCAAAGAGCGGGACCAAGAAGGUUCCGGUGGAGAUGAACGCAUCGGAUAAUGUGGGAGAGUUGAGGAAGGAGUUGCAGAAGUUGCAUCAGAGGCUUCAGUUUCAUCUUCCACAAGAUGGUUAUUUCUUCAUUUACAAGCAGAAUGUUAUGGAUGAUGAUAGGUCUUUCCGUUGGCACCAUGUUGGGCAAGGUGAUACCAUUGAAAUCUUCAAUGGAAGCGUUACUGGUGGCUCGUGA